GAAUAUACGAGCGGUUGACUCCACAUAAAGCGAAUUGAGGUGGUUUAUGAAAGGAAAUAUUUCGUUCCCUAACUAUGGCGAGACAGUUCCUGUUCCCGUUGGUCGUUUUGCUGGUCAUUGCACCAGGCAUCACUGCGUCAAUCUCCCAAAUAGCAAGGAAAAACAUGGUGGAAGCGACCAGGAGACGCCUGGGAGAGCUACGGGACACCUUCCAAGAGGAGAGCAAAGUGGAGUCGGAUGGCGAGAACCCUAUCAUUGAAGGUGUCCGUAUUAUAAAAGAACUAGAGAACCACGAGGAAGGGAUAGCGGAGAAUGUCCAGGGUAUAACACAAAUGAUCGCCAGUUUACUUGUUCCGGUAGAGAAGAGACAGAACUUUUUAAAGAGAGUCAUGGAACGCAGGGACCAACUACUGGCCGAACAUGAGAGCGAGGCUACUUUUGGUGUUGGCUUGCCCAUCUUGAGACGGAUGCAGGAAACUGACCCUGGACAACAGGAUGAGGCCGAGCUCCCAGAUCUUCAGGCCAUCUUUCGUGACCCAAGCAUAAUUGGACGACUUGAAAAAUUGGAAGUUGGGAUGAUGAUGAUCCGGGCAUUUUCGCAGGCGUUAGCGGAACAACUGCAGCAGUUGAGUCAAGCCCUCGUGGAAAUGGACGAAGAGACCGACAAUGGCGAGGACGUAAACGAAGAUGAUGAUUUCAAUGGUGCGGACGAUGACGUCACCGGAAAUGUGGGCCCACCUGAACAGGGCGACAAUCAGAGCGAAUCUGAGGACCAAGAAGGUACAGCGGCUGGUGAUGCGGCAGGGGGCAUUCCAAAUGAAGCCGCCGGAAAUGAGGGCCCACCAGAACAGAGCGAUAACCAGGGUGAAUCUGACGUUCAAGGUGGUAAUGGGGCUUUUGAUGCGGCAGGGGGCACCCCAAAUGGAGGCGACGUCGCAGGAGAAACACAGGACGGGAACCAGGAAAAUGGGACCGGGUCUGAGGGCGAGAAUGCCGCGGGGUCUGAUGUCGAGGAUGAGGAGGAGGAAGAGGAGGAAGAGGAGGAGAGAAGGGUACUUACGAGUUUGCUGAAGGUUCUUACCAAGAAAGCACUUAUGAGAGAUGGCUAAAAAGAAUCCGGCUGAAGAUAGAACAGACUUAGUGUUAUUUUUUUUUUCUAAAUAGUUUACAUUUGAUUAAUUAGAAUUUUAAUAUUAUUAAACGGUAAUACUCUUUACGAAUUUUAUAAAAAUAUUUUAUUAUUUCUCUAAUUAAAAUACAUAAAGUAA